UCACACGGCCAAACGCUCCUGCAAAGAUUUGCAGCCGUGAAACAUGCCGCUCGGUCAAGACGUUCAAAGUCCAAGCAGCCAGAAGGCUUGAAGUGCAGACCAGGGAGAGAAAAAAAAGAAGGGGCUAAAAGCAUAAGAAGUCAGGGGGACAAGAGAGGCAGCUGGAAGAUCCAACAAGUGGACCAAGAGGACAAGUUCACAGCCUCCCACUUUUCUGAAAGUAGACUGCAGGACCAGAGGCAAAGUCGAGCUGCUGAGGACACCAGAGCCAGAGAAGCUGAGGGGUGUCACUCCUCUUGAGGGCUCCACACUCACUGGAAUGGACUUUUAAGAUGCUGAGUCGCUGGCGACGCUCUGUGGGCGAGCUCUUGGCUGCCCAGGAGGCAGUAAAAGAGUGCAGGAAAGGCUGGUCAUCUCUAACCCAAGUGACGGCCUGUUUCCAACAGUUGGCACUUUGUCUUGGAGGAAGUUCUGACUGUGGACCCUUAAGGGAGGAACUUGAAGAAGCUCGUCGAAAGACUCAUCAGCUUAGCAGUGGCCUACAGAUCCGCCUCACAAAUCUACUUACCAAUGGGAAGCUUAACACACGGGAUCGAGAGGACAUGGAAAGACUUUGGGUCCUCUUUCUAUCCAGCAUGGAACUGUUUCAACAAGAUCUCAAUAAAGCAUUCCACCUGCUCAUCAUUUUCCCUUUAAAUUCUUCCAAGGACACUCAGGCAUUGGUGAGUACUGGACUGGGAGCAUAUCGAACUGAUGGGGGCAAUAGAACUGCCACCAUCCAGUUGCCCUGGGGCACAACUGAGGGUGAGGAGCUGCCAGAUAUCUGCAUACACAUUGUAAAGCUGGAUUCUAUGAUUCAGCAGAUGAUGCAGACAGUUAAUAUCCCAAUCUGGGCAGUUGAAGCUACGCAGGAGGUGAGUGACCAGGCAAUAGAGGCAGACGGGACCACGUCAGAAGAGAUUUUAGCCAUAGAAGAGGAGAGCAGUCGUUGCCGUCGGUGGUACUGCUGUGACAGGCGCUGUCGGCUUGGGCAGCUUUCCUGUAUGACGUCCUAAUAUUACACAAGCAAACAGCAAGAGUAUAGCACAAUUUAGUUCAUAAUCAAGAGAUGCUGGAAUGCAAAGAUGGGGAGGAAAACCAAAGCAGGCACAGGGAGAAUGUUCAAAUUCCAUAAGGCUAGUAUUCUAAUCUUGUCUCCUGAGAGUGAUACAGUGGUUUGCUCUGGUUAGUAAUUUUAUUUAUUGCAUGUAUCUACAGUUUUCUAUGUAAUUGUUGAAGAACUCAUUGUAUGCUAACACCCAAAGUAAUAAUUCCUUUAAUGAUUUCAA